AUGCAUCUCUCACUUCUUUUCAUCUGCUUCCUACACCUCUUCACCACCGCCCUCACGGCACCCAACUCCCCCAUCGAGCCCGCCCUCGCCCUCUUCCUCGAAGACCGCGACACCUCCACCAUGCUCUACACCCCAACCCCAACAAUCAUACACGCCCUCGACGCCUCCGUAACCGCAAAUACCAACGCCCACGCCCUCGACGCCAACAACAACAACAACAACCUCCCCACCCAAACCAUAACCCAAACCGCCCGCGUAACCCAAACCACACGCCCCCACGCCUCCGAACCCAUAAUCCUCUACCCCUUCCACCUGACCCUGACCUCUCUCUGCUCUCCCUCCUCCUCCUCCCACUCCCACUCCGCCAACGCAACCCUCACAAACGGCAACUGGACCUCCCGCAUCAUCAACCUGACCUCCUCGACCCGCGCCAUCGUCGACCACCACAUCCCCGCUUACCCGCAGACGUUUAGCGUGGGGCCGUUUGAUGCGCGGAGGGGCGAGUUGCGAUUUGGGUAUUUGAAUGAGGGGAAGGGGGGCUGGAGGUGUGAGUGGGGAGAUAGGGAUGGAGAGGGGGGUUGUGGGUGGUGUAGGGGGGGAGAGUGGAGAGAGGGGGAGUGUAAGGGUGGGACUAGGAGUAGGGAGAUGGAGUGUUUGUUUGUUAUGGGGUGGAAGCAUCAGUUGAAGGCGGAGGGAUGA